GUUGCCAACGCUGGAAAGUACUGUGAAUUGCGGGUUCGGUCAACGAGAUUAAUUUUUUCAUCAAAGAAAUAGAAAUAUUGUGCAAAAAAUUAAACAAAAUUUAUAAAAUUAGCUAAAUCAUUAAACGCAAUUAGUGUAAAAUAGAAAACAUUAAACAUAAUUUAACGCAAAUUAUAUUUAACAUAAAAAUUAUAACAUUUUGUGCUAAAAUGAAACAAGAAAAUAGUGAUUGUGAAUGUUCAAAAGAGAGAGAGAAAGAAAAUAGAUAAAAGAGAUGGUUAAAAAAUAAAACAAAACAAAAUUAGUUGUAUAUAUUCACAUAAUUUAAAAUGCGGAACCUGCACAAAAAGGCACCGUUUUAAAAAACAACAAAAUACCGCUAAAAACAAAUUUUACAUAAACAAAUAAACUAUUUGUUGUUUUUAAACAAUAUUUAUUAACAUUUUCUACAACUUGGCUUUAUAUCAAGAUCUUCAAUUUAAGAAAAAUUGGUUGCAAAAGUCUUCCAAUAUAAACAAAAAUUGUGAAUAAAAAAAAUUUUGCGAAAAGAAAAAAGAACCUAAAAGUUUUUUUAAAUGUUUGUGUUUAAAUAAUGAAGAAGAUUUCUGAAAUAUCAAAAAAGCAACUACAACAAUGUCAAAAUCAUGUCUAAAACAUCAAUCUUGUUUCUAAGAAUAGAAGAAAAACGAAUUAAAUAAUAAAAAAACAACAAUAUUUUUGUGCUAAAUAAAAAAGUAAUUUAUUUUUUGUAGAAAUAGUUGUUGCUUAUAAAGCAGCAAAAAACGUCAUUGUUGUUUUGUUUGUUUUUAUUUCCUUGCGCUCAUCAUUAAAAGCAACAGAACUAGCAACAUCACUAAGUAGCAACAACAAGAAAAACAACAGCAACAUAUUUCUUCAUACAUACUCAUUUACCAUAUUCACCAGUUUUGUGUGUUUCUUCACAAUUCCAACGACUUCCACUUGUUAAUUUUUUGUGUUAAAUUCUUAAACAUCUCUCUCCCCCUCAUCCCCCACUUCUACCCACCCCAUACUCAAAAACAUUCGUCCUCUCUUACUCUCGCGGUUUCACUAAAAUCCAAACAAAAAAUAAAACCGCACAAAUGAAAAUGGUUGAUAAAUCAUCUAAAUUGGAUAAAUUUAGCGCCAAUAUGAAUGCUUCUACAUCAGCUGGUGCUGGCAGUGGUGGAGGCAGCGGUGGUGGUGGUGUCGUUGGCAACACUGGUGCUACUGGUGGCAGUGGCAUGAAUACUGGUCAUGGUGUUUCUAAUAUAUCGGGUCACUAUUAUCAUGCUAUGCAACAGCAGCAGCAGCAACAGCAUCAUGGCGGUAGUAGCCAUCAUCAAAAUGGUCAAAAGCCAGUACCUAUGAAAUUAUUUGCUGCAUGGGAAGUGGAUCGUACCCCACCAAAUUGUAUACCAAGGUAA